AUGGUUGAGCCUCCCCUCAGACAUCCAUGGCGUCUAAAAUUUACCGCACAGGUGGGAAAAGGGCUACUGAGCCAGAAAGGUCUGGGGAGUAUCUUCUUUCUCAAGAGAAGGAAGGGGGUGGAGGGGGGGGGGGGUAGGCUAGGAACCUCCUGCCCUUUCUUAGCCUUUCCUUUCUCUAUAACCCCCAAAGCCAAGGACCAACAACAGACCCCAAGUCCAGUGGAGGUUACCCCACUCCCAGAGGCCAAUGCAGACGCCAUCAACUUCCUCAGGUCCCUCAGUCUGGAAGAGCUACAAAUGCUGUUUUUCUCUGAGACUCUGACCAUCAUCUCGGACACCGGGGAGCCUCAGGGAGAGAUGACCAUUGAGGUGCAGAGAGGGAAGUACAAAGACGAGCUGGGCAUCAUGUCCCACUGUGUGUUCGUGCACGCCUUUAGCAGAGGCUUCUUGGAUAAAACGCUCAGCGGAAACUCCCUCCUGGGCUACAUCUCCGAAACAUUGGAGAUCAUGGAACAACAUAGUCAGGAGUUCAUCAAGUUACUCAUCUUGCCCAUGGAACGGAAGAUAAGCUUGCUGAAGCAGGAUGAGCAGAUGGUCAUGAGGAGAAGUAUCAAAGAGGGUGAGGAAGUGAAGACCGGCACAAGUUCUUUCCCUUGGAACGCGAUGGAGGGCUUCAUCUCCGAGGCUGCCAACCUGGUGCUGCUGAGAGUGAUGGCCUGGCGGCAGACGGUGCCCAACCAAGCCCGCUUCCUGGCCUUGGACAGUGACGGCAAGCUCUGCCACUGUACCUAUGAAGCCCUGGGCUUCCAGACCAUGCAGGUGGGCCGCCAGCAGGCCGAAGUGUUCAUCAUAGAGCAGAUGGUACACUCGGUAGAGGGCAUCCCCAUGGCCUGCCAGUUCUACCUGCUCUCAGAUGGGCACCUCGCUAAGAGAGUCCAGGUGGGCUCCCCGGGCUGCUGCAUCAUCUCCAAGAUUCCCGUCCUGCGGGAGAAGGAUGAGAUUGAGCCUCCGCCCCAGUUUGAGAAGAAGCCCCUGGUGUGGGAGGAGGACCAGGAGCUAUUCUCCAGGUUCCAGGAGCGCAAGGAGGAGCUCCGACUCAGCCACACCAGGUAUCUGUGCCAGCACCCCGAAGCCCAUGCGCUCAUCGCCGAUUUCCUGCUCUUCCUGCUGCUGCGCCAACCGCAGGACGUGGUCACCUUCGCCGCCGAGCACUUCGGCCCCUUCGCCUGGGACCGCCCGCCGUCCCCCGGCCUGCGCUCCUCCCACCGACCCAGCCCUUUCCGAUCGCUGGACGACGUGCACGACUCGGAAGAGGACUCCCCGGCCCCCUAGGCAGCCCGGGGCGGGAAGCACAGGGAC